GGUAUCUAGUCUUCAUAUCUAUGUUUAAGGGUCCUUGCGGGGUCCUUUCUUCCUGCCCGCGACGCCGUUCUGACUUCCGAGUCGUCCAGACGCUCUCGAAACGGGCGAGAAAAGGUGAAAUACCGCCGAGGAGGUCGCUAUGAUGGUCGGGAAGACGAGUGCCAUCGCGGCGGGCGUGUGCGGGGCUCUCUUCGUCGGAUAUUGCAUUUAUUUCGACCGCAAGAGACGCAGCGACCCCAACUUCAAGAACAGGCUGCGAGAACGGAGGAAGAAGCAGAAGGUGGCAAAAGAGCGAGCUGGGAUGGCCAAGCUUCCUGACCUUAAAGACUCUGAAGCAGUCCAGAAGUUUUUCCUUGAGGAGAUCCAGUUGGGGGAGGAGCUUCUGGCCCAAGGCGACUACGAGAAGGGCGUGGACCACCUGACCAACGCCAUCGCUGUCUGUGGACAACCUCAGCAGCUCCUGCAGGUUCUCCAGCAAACGCUGCCGCCGCCCGUCUUCCAGAUGCUGCUCACCAAGCUGCCCACCAUCAGCCAGCGUAUUGUGAGUGCACAAAGUCUGAGCGAGGACGACAUCGAGUGAAGAGCGCGUCACGGCCAGCUACGGCUUUCUCUUCUUCCAGCAUUGCAGCACCCGAUUGGUCGAUUGAUUGAUUGAUGGACGGCCAGUCAGGAACCUUCUGUGACUAUUUAUUGUUUUGUCUUGUGUUCUUCUCUUAGACUUUUUACUAAAUGUUUUCGUCAUCCCGCAGAGGAAACAUAAAAGUGGGAACAAACUG